CCAGGCAACUUCAAAAGCAGCCAGGAGCAACUUUCUUGCUAACUUUGGGAAGGAAUUCAAAAAUGCUGAAAGGUGCAGAUGAUUCUGUUAUGGAGCAGGAGGACUCCGCUUCCCGACAUGGAGAAAUGACGAGCUGGGAUAUCAAUGACAUCAAACUUCCUCAGCAUGUGAGCCAGAUAGACUGGUUUCAAGAAUGGCCAGAUUCCUAUGUAAAACAUAUCUAUAGCUCAGAGGAUAAAAAUGCUCAGAGGCACCACAGCAGCUGGGCAAUGAGAAACACCAACAACCACAACUCUCGCAUCUUAAAAAAGUCCUGCCUUGGGGUGGUGGUUUGUGGUAACAACUGCUCUACCUUGGAUGGGAGGAAGAUCUACCUAAGACCAGCCAUAUGUGAUAAAGCCAGGCAAAAACAACAGCGAAAAUGCUGUCCAAACUGCAAUGGACCGCUGCGGCUCCUUUCCUGCCGAGGCCAUGGUGGUUACCCAGUUACCAACUUCUGGAGGCAUGAAGGCCAAUUCAUAUUUUUCCAGUCCAAAGGAGCUCACGACCACCCACGUCCAGAAACAAAACUAGAAGCAGAAGCAAGAAGAUCAAUCCAAAAAGCAAAGACAGCGUUUUCUCCAUCUUCUCUAAGACUAAAAAGAAUCCAGGAGGUUGAGGUAACUCUUGCUAUUGGUAGAUGAAGUUUUGGUCAAGCGAUCUGUGGUUCAAGGCAUGGUGGAGGCUAUCUGGGCUUUGGGUCUGGGUGGGAGCAGGCUUUACAUCUCCACAUUCUGCAUGCCCAUGAUCAGGCCAAGAAGGACCAGGGUAAUCCUGAGCAUCCUGCUUUCCUUAGCGGUGUCAUCCACUGCCAGCACCUCCUCUCCAGAGGAAAUUUGCACCUGGUGGCAGCAGGAGAUUGCAUCUAUGCUGAUAAACAAAGCAGGGCUGCAGGGCAGGCUAAGUUUCAUCACCAUUCAUGUGGAACCUCAUGUGCAUAAGUUUCUGCCUGUUGCCUCUUGUCCUAUUUCUUGGCACUUCUGAGAUAGGUGAAGGCAUGCUCC